AGAAGAAUUUACUACGAUGGAAUCUCCUCUGGGAAUAUUUUCGUCCACUCUUGCUGGCUGUGCGGGCAGCGCUGCUUCGCAAUGAGGGAUUGUAGCGAUAGAUAGCAGCAGCUCUUCUUCAUCGAUAUUUCGGGCAAUCUGGGGUAAGAUCGUCGCCUCUUGGCGCAGCGAUCGCGCUAGCGCGCCAUGGAUUCCAAUGGAUCGGCGCCAUCGGGCGCGGGGCAUGGCGGUAAGGGGAUCUUGGACCUCAUCGUCCCCAAGAAGAAGGGCAGGACGGUGCUGCUCAAGGGCCGGGUCUUGAUCCCCGAGUAUCUCCGCAAGGCGAUGUGCAAUGCCGUGGCUACCAGCGGCGGUGGCUAUGUCGAGGGCGCCAGUGCUUUGAGCGAUCGGCAAGAGGAUCACGCAGCCCCUUCCAGCCCGCUCAUUGUGUUCGUCAAUUCCAAGAGUGGUGGCCGCCUUGGGCCUGCCCUUGCCGGCCAUUUGAGAGAUCUCAUCAGUCCAGAACAGGUGUUUGAUCUCAACGAGACAAAACCAACAGAUUUCGUUCGUCAUGGUUUGGGGUGCCUGGAUGCUCUUGCGGAAAACGGCGAUCAAUGCGCAAGGCUCACACGAGAACGUCUUCGAAUUCUCGUUGCUGGAGGCGAUGGCACCGUGGGCUGGGUCCUUGGAAGCCUGGCAGAGCUUCACUUGGAGCAUCGUGGACCGUGUCCUCCCGUUGGGGUUAUUCCGCUUGGAACUGGCAAUGAUCUCGCACGGAGCUUUGGAUGGGGUGCUUCUUUUACGUCCAAAGGAAGAGCUGCCGUUAAGGACUGGCUCUUGAAAGCAACGGAUGGCUCAACUCCUCAACCUUUAGACUGUUGGAAAGUGAGCAUUAGAACGUCCACCGAAAAACCUAUAAAGUGGCCGCACGCAUUGAAACCGCAGCAACAUAUACCUCUUUCCACCGAGGGAGAACAGGACGAAUACUCAGCGUCGUUUGAAGGAGUCUUCUACAAUUAUUUUAGCUUAGGAAUGGAUGCGCAAGUUGCAUACGGAUUCCAUGAGCUGCGGAAUAGAAUGCCGUGGCUUGCUCGAGGACCGAUUGCUAACAAGAUGAUUUACUCGGGGUAUAGUUGCUGGCAAGGCUGGUUUUGCACUUCAUUAUCUACUAAUCCUCGGGCGCGAGGCGUGAGCACCGUUCUUCGUCUGUCCGUGAGGAAGAAACACGGAGACGACGGGUGGGAAGAAGUUGAUGUUCCGUCGAGCGUUCGAGCAGUGGUGAUACUGAACUUGCAGAGCUAUGCCGGCGGAAGAAACCCGUGGGGACAUCCAAAGCCGGAGAAUAUGCAAAAGAAAGGAUUUGUCGAGGCCAAGCCCAACGAUGGAUAUCUGGAAAUCUUUGGCUUGCGAGAUGGCUGGCACACGUCUCUGGUGAUGGUCAGCCUCCUUAAAGCUGUUCGUCUUGCUCAGGCUCAAGCUAUCCGGCUGGAGCUCCAUGGCGAGAAACGCGAUCGAGCUUAUAUGCAGCUGGAUGGAGAGCCGUGGAAGCAUCCGCUAGACCCGAAUGGGAAGCCUGUGAUUGUAGAGAUUGGCAGGGUUUCCAUUCCAUCCACAAUGCUUAAGGCUACGUGAUAAGUGUUGCAAGCUUUACUGAUUCUUAGUCGCUGGGAGGGCGCCAUCUUUCCUUCGAUAACGUCAAUAGCUAUAAACUGGUUUAUUCUGGUAUAUAAUUCAUAAUUUAGAUCAUUAAAUCGCAAUGUUAAAUA